AUGGGCUCCGGUUGUCCGGACGUGGUCGAUCCAGCGGCAUUCCAGCGGCAGAGAGCUCGGUGCUUACGGUGACGAGCGAAAGAGCAACGACGCGUUUCCCAUUGUGAAAAUCGCCCGGUGGUAUGGUUCUGUCUCCUCUAGGGAGGGGCUCGGAGGAUUCCUCUCUGACCUCUCGUCUCUCCCUCUCUCUCUAUGCGUCUGCUUUAAUUACGUUUGUCAUUUCGUAGCCUGGUGUCUCAUUACGAAGAAAGUUUCGAGGAGAGUUCAACUCUGGCUGCUUGCGAACCUAGGUGGCCUCUUUCUGGUAACGGCACUAACCAACCCAACCAGACAGCCAACAACAACAACGACGACGAAGAAACGAACGAACGAACCGACCAACCGACCAACCAGUCAUGA